AUGGACAAGCUGUUGGCGCAGAUGCUGGGGAGCAUCUUCCUCUGCCUCCCCGACCCAGCUGACCUCGGCCGCACCUCGGUCGCCUGCAAGUCCUUCCGCGACCUCAUCGCUGACAGCUACUUCCGCCGGCAACAUCGCAAACGCCACACCUCGCCCCUCCUGGGCUUUGUCGGCAAAUUCGGCGACUUCCACCGCGCCAUCUCGCCGCACCCCUCCGCGCUGGCAGCCAAGACCGUCGACAACGCCUGCGACUUCUCCUUCUCCUUCCUCCCUAGGACGGAGAGCAUCAUCUAUGGUGUCGUGGAUAUCCGCGAGGGUCGCGUCAUCCUCGCCACAGUGAAUGAGGUGUUUGGUGAGGAUUACGUGGUGUGUGACCCCUUGCACCGCACGUAUGUGGUUCUCCCCAAACUCCACGACGCUGCGACAUCCAAAAGAAACAUUUUCUUAGCCCCACCGAUGCCGGAAACUGUUGCUGACAAGGAUGGGCAGACAACCUUCAGAGUGAUUAGGAUGGCGCCGAGAGGAGACCAUUUUGAUACCCAUGUCUUCUCUUCCUGGACUUGUCAGUGCGAAGCCCGUCCAUCUGUAAUCUGGAGGGGUCCUGUUGGCUCCCAUUUGUUUACUCUGCCAGGGAUGGUUAACCACUGCCGUGCACAAUAUGCUCACGGCCGCUUCUACUUCGUAUCUAAUAUCAAUAGAUGGGAAACGCUGGUUCUUGACCCCAUGACAAUGGAGUUUUCUACUAUUGAUGGCCCUCCCAUGGACAGAGUUUGUGAUGAAGACAUAUGUAUCGUGGAGGCAGAUGAAGGCAGUCUCGGGAUGUUUCUAACGUACCAAGACUAUGACAGAAGCAUGAUCAUUUAUUGGCAAAGUGAAGGUGAUAUUUCCGGACCAUGGCGCGAAGAGAAAAGAAUUGUUGUAGGUGACAUGUGUAGAGUUUUUUCUUCCGAAGGGAGACAUGUAUUUGGACAUGAUACUAUUGCAUGUUUCUCAUUGGAUGCCAAAGCAUUGGAGCUCGAGAGGGUAUGUUACAUGAUUCUGGAUGAGGCGUACCCAUAUAGCAAUCUUCCACUACCGUACGCAUUACCCACCGUAGCAUCAGGCCCCAAAGAGACGCAGCAGACCAGAACGAUUGCUGAGGAGAUGGAGGACGCUCAGGAGAUGGAGGAUGACGAGUACCUGUUCUAG